ACGUCCCAAUGGUUAAUGGCUUCUACUUUUGCCCGAGAGGAGAGCUUUUACCUUUAACUAUGAAGAAAGCUAAAUAAUAAUCCAGAGAAAAAUUCAUGAAAUAUGAUGCAUCGAAACUCAGUAAACUAAGAUUACGAUUGCUCGAUCUUUAUAUCGCAAUUGCUGAUGUAAAUUUUUCGCUAUAAUACGAUAAAUAACCGCGUUUGAUACGAGGAUUUGUAUCUGUGAGAAAAAAGGCACCGCGAGUACGGAAAUAUUGAAGAGGAAUAAGGCGGCGGCCCCCGAGGACGCAGACCCGACAACGAUAAUACGUCGAUUCUUCCUCUUGGAGCAGCCCAGAUGCGAGAGAUCUUGACACCCUGGAGGAUAACGACAAACGAUAAUUGCACUAGGUGACAUGCCUAGCGGUCGUGACUCGGAAAGGAAUGGACGUUACAAGUCGAGAAGGCGCGAGAGCGGAGGUGGUGCGGACAUAAGUCGUCAUGGUUACGAUGUACCCGAGAAGAAGCACAGGAAGCAUGGAAAGAGCAAAAGUUCGGGUAAAAAGAAGAAGAAGAGGUCGAGGGACAAGUCGAUGGACAGUGUACCGACCGUAGCUUCAUCGGUGAUAAAGCCAUUGGUCGAGUAUUCGGAUGUGAGUAGCGAAGAUCUCUCUGAGCCGGAAGCGGGUGAGAUUCAAUCGGAGGAGAGUCGAGGCAAUAGUUAUACAGACAACGAAAUAAUACAGGAUUCACGUUUGUCAACGCGUUAUUAUUGCUCGACGGCGAGUCCGAGACGUCAGUUGGGGGCAUCACCGAUAAGUUUAUCACCGUCACCACCGAUACCAGUGAUAAAGCAUCGUCCUGUUCAACAACACAGACGUUAUUCGCCAGAAGGGAGUGGCGACGAUGCGUCGUUGUCUUUGUUGCCGCAAGGCUCGACUUCUCAACAGCAGUCUGAAGGGACGGCGACGACGACAUCGACGAUGACGACGACAACAGCAACGGCGACGCCGACAACGACGUCGCCGCCGAACGCGACAAGCACGAUGGCGGCGGAGACAGCAGCGACGACGGUGAUAGAUUCGUGCUCGCCGGAUUACGGGAACGAGGAAGGGAGCCGUAGGUACUCCAGACGGAAGGAAAAGAAGCACAAAAGAGAGAAGAAAAAGAAAAGGAGCACAAGUCCUGGCUCGAGUACCGGCAAAAAGAGAAAACGAAAAUCGAAGCGGGUUUCUCCGAGCCCAUCCCCACGGGAUGAGCAGCUACACCAACGAUCCACGUUGAGAGAUUCCAGCGCAAACGCUCGGCCCGAAACCGACACGACGAUAGGCAGUGCAGCGGAGAGUGUUGCCCCGAGCUGGCCGGAGUCACCACCGCUCCCGCUCAAAGACAGCACGUCACCUAUUUCACCGGCUACUCCUCACGAGGAUGAGCCCAGUAGACGUUCUCCAAGCGACAUGGAUCUCGAGUCUCCCCAGCCUCGCGACGACGAUCACGAGGCUACCCCACCACCCUCGAUAAAUUUAAUAAGUUCGAGGCAUACCGAAUCACCGCAUACGCCACUUUUACCACCCCGAACGGUAACGCCCGAGAGUACGAGCUCCAAACAUCACCAUCACCAUCACCAUUCUCAUCCUCAUCAGCAUCCUCAACAACACCAUCAGCAACAACAUCAACACCAUACGAUGACCGAUCGACGACGAACGAGUCACAGUCCUAUUCAGUCUUUGCGGCGUACCUUAAGUCCCGUUAUGACUAGUGCCUCGAGGAGAAGACCUCACAGUCCUAGUCCACCCUCCAGACGGAGAGACCACAGCCCACCGAGAAGAAGAGACUACAGUCCUGGUAGUGGAAUCAAUCGUUUGAGACACUCGCCAAGUCCGAGUGUUAUGCGACGCAGAGAAUUUAGCCCGAGCCCUGGCGGACACAGACGACGCACCUCCGAUUCCCUGACCACCGCUGUAACCAGUUCGCCGCCUAGCAGCAGCAGCAAACGGAGACGAAGGGACGAGCCUGACCGACGACACAGGCAUCAUGAAAAGGACAGAAGGGAUAAGAGAAAAUCGAGGUCGACGAGAAGUCCCGUGCCCAAUAGAUUGCCGAUGCCGUUGUCACGCUCGCGAUCUCGAAGCCCCAGCAGAUGGAGGAAAAGCGGGGCUCAGUCCCGUUCGCGGUCGCGUUCCCGACGGAGAAGUCGUACCCCCAAAAAGAACAAAUCCCGGUCACCUUUAAGCAAAUCACACAAAACGACGCGGAAGCACAAAUCCAAGAGUCCCCGACCAUCGAGAAUACCCUCCCCGUCGCCGCAGCGUUCCCGCAAUACCCGCAGUCCAACGAGCAUAACAGCUCGAAAUCUUCGUGUACAAGCCAAGAUAAGCGAGACAAGCUUGUUUGCCGAGCUCGUAAAGGAUCGAAAUAUGCGAGAACUGGCGCUCAAAAGGCUUCAAGAGGCUAAAGAAAAAGCGGGUAGUCACGACGACGUACAAAUAAUCGAAGGUACGGACGAGAAAGAUUCAUCGACUGCGCCGCGUCCGCCUCUGCCAUCGAGCCCAGACAAACUGCCGACCAACGGUCGUCAAGGCCAGCCGGCGAGCAGCAAUCAAACAUCGAAUCCUCCGGUCGAAUCAGCCGAUGCUCCGUGUGUGGAAAUCAUUGAUAUUCCUGUGCCGGUCAUAACGGUGCCUCCUCCAUCCGUCAAUCUAACCUACGAUGAGAAUUCCGUUGCCGGGAAAACGCCACCCCUGCCAACGGUCAACUCACCGGCGUCAGCGACUAUUAUUUCAAGCCUCGCCAACGUCGCAUCCAGUUUGACACCCCGAUCGAAUCAGUCGCCCAUCAUCAUUGUAAAUAAUUCACCAAUCACUGUCAACACCAAGAAUACCGUUGUUCCUGUUCAAAUAACUACUGCCAACAGCAACAGUAACAAUAGCUGCGGUACAACGCCGACGAUUACCCCUGCAAACAUUACAACUAUCGGAACAAAUAACAAUGCCCCUGCUCCUCCGUAUCACGACGGUACGAGCAUCAUCAGCGGACGAACACCACCGCCACCACUUCUGACUGAUCCAAACAGCAUGCAAACAACAACCCCGAGCAUACUCCCAAAUCUUUCAAUUCCACCUCCCACGAUCACGAGCACAUCAACCGCGAUCUCCAAAUUCAAUACACCCAACAAUUUGGUACCACUCAAAUCAAUCGAUCCACCAAAACCCCCGAUCGUUUCUUUCAAGACGAAAAGUCUCUCGAAACUACCCCUCCCACCGGGCAUCAAUCAAAACGACCUCGAAAGCAUCGAUUCGCCACCCAGUCGAUCGCCGAGCCCUCCGGCCAAAGGACAACCACCAAAAAUAACGCCUACGACACCGGCUCCUUCCAAAGUACCUUUGAAAAAAGGUAUCAAAGACUUACCAAUGCCACCAGUCGUACCCGGUUCGGAAGAUUUCAGCGGGGAAGAUGACGCAACCGCGACCCCACCGAGAUCAGCGCUGGACAGAGUGACCCCUAAACCAAAGCUCAAAAGACCGAAAAUCCUCAAGAGACGAAGUUCCCGCAAUUGUCACACGCCAAUGUCCGCCUCGGGUGGAAAAGACUGGGGCGAACGAUGCGUCGACGUCUUCGAAGUCAUCGCCCAAAUUGGUGAAGGUACUUACGGCCAGGUUUACAAAGCCCAGGACAAACGGGCUUCGGUUCUUGUUGCUCUGAAAAAAGUUCGACUGGAAAACGAGAAAGAGGGAUUCCCGAUAACUGCUGUCAGGGAAAUUAAAAUACUUCGACAACUCAACCACAAAAAUAUUGUCAAUCUCCGCGAAAUUGUCACUGACAAACAGGACGCCCUGGAUUUCCGAAAGGACAAAGGUUCGUUUUAUCUGGUAUUCGAGUACAUGGAUCACGAUCUCAUGGGCCUGUUGGAAUCUGGGAUGGUCAAUUUCAACGAAAUGAACAACGCCAGCAUAAUGAAGCAGCUUUUGGACGGUCUGAAUUACUGUCAUGGAAAGAAUUUCCUCCACCGUGACAUCAAGUGUUCCAACAUAUUGAUGAACAACCGAGGGGAAGUCAAAUUGGCUGAUUUCGGUCUCGCUCGUUUGUACAACGCCGAAGACAGACAACGUCCUUACACGAACAAGGUGAUAACUCUCUGGUAUCGCCCGCCAGAACUGCUCCUUGGGGAAGAGCGUUAUGGACCGGCGAUCGACGUUUGGAGUUGUGGUUGCAUACUCGGUGAAUUGUUUUCCAAAAAGCCAUUGUUCCAGGCCAACAUAGAGAUGAUGCAGCUCGAAAUAAUAUCCCGAGUAUGCGGGACUCCGACCCCGGCGGUAUGGCCGUCGGUUAUAAAAUUGCCACUGUGGCAUACGCUCAAACCAAAAAAGUCCCACAGACGUCGCCUUAGAGAAGAUUUCUCGUUUAUACCGGCUCCCGCCCUCGAUUUGCUCGACAAAAUGCUCGAGCUUGACCCAGAAAAGCGUAUUACCGCUUCGGACGCUCUAAAAAGUGCCUGGUUGAAGAAUAUCCAGCCAGAACAAAUGCCACCCCCGCAACUACCGACAUGGCAGGAUUGUCACGAGCUGUGGAGUAAAAAAAGAAGACGUCAGUUCCGCGAAUAGCAAGAGUUAAUAGGAGGAAAAGUGCCUCUUCUGCUUCUUCUGCCCAACAAACUCGGGCCGCAAAAAGCUGCCGAUUACCUGUCUGACUUCGGGGGGUGAGUAGUCGUAGAGAAAACGAACCAACCUGUGAGACAAAUAAUACGUGGGAGAGAAAAAGAAAGAAAAAAACGACGGUGGGGUGUGUGAGAGCGUGUGUGAUGAGUUGUAAAAUAAAGAAAAUUAUAAAAGAAUGAAAAGUUUAUACGAAAACAAGAUGAGCGUGUGAUAUGCGAGAAAAAAAUAGACCACGCGUAGAGAAAAGUGAUUGUUGAUUAAAUUCUUAAUUUUCCUUGACGUAUGUUCGAGUUCAUGAAUUUUUGACGUUUAUCAUUAUUAUUGUGAUUAUUAGCUAUCUUUCCCGUGCUCAUGACAGCGAAGGAUUGACCGAAAAAUCGAACAUAGUCAAGUUAUUCUCUCUCACACACCCGCACGAACACAAAGUUGUGUUGUACAUUUUUCUGGUCUCGUUCGCAUGUCACAGAUGCUUCUGGCGUAAUAAGCGCGAAUAGUCAUUAACGGAAAGAACAAAAAACUAUUAAAAAAACAAAAAAAUCUAAACAAAAAUACUUUUUUCGAUUGAAUUCGCAUAGUUUUAAGUUAACGAGGAACCAAUAGAGUGUACGACUUUCAUCGAGCGUGACUCUACAUCAGCAACAGGAAACAAAUCAAGCCAAUGAUUUAAAGUAACGCCGAAAAACCAGCCGGAUGAUUAUAAUUUUAAUGUCGCAAGAUCAACGCUGAGGACCAAAUGUUGGUCCAUCUCCUCCCGCACAUUGAAAGUGUGACCAAAAAUAAAAGUUAAAUAUUAUCGUAACACACAUAACACACACACACACACACACACACACACAGCAUAAACUAUGUAUAUCGAUGCCGAUUGUACGACGAUUAUAAAUUUAUGGAUUCAUACGUCUAUAAGCAAUGAUAUAUAUAUUUUUUUCCAAUACCUAAUAGGUUUUUAGGUACGCUAGUUAUCUCUUUAUUUAUACAUUAACUUCGGGAGAAUAUUGCAAAUAAAUAUUAUUAUAGAGUUACGAACGAAGCGUGCUCCGAUUGAUCAAAAAUGUGAUGAUGAAAAAAAAAUCAUGAAAAUUUUUGAAAUACUUGGACAUGAAAACUUCAUCAAACUAGGUUUCUGUAAAUAUUUUCCUAUCGAUUUAUUUGUUGGUUCGAUCGCCGAAAAAACAUUUCAAUAAAAGAAAAAAAAAGUAAGAGAAUCAAUCGCUUCUCUUAAAUCCCUAAUUAGAUCGUAUUUCCGUUUGUGGAUUUUUGAACAUCUAAGAACUCUGAUGUUGUAUACAAGUAAUGAUGUGAACUCGGGCUUCGGGCGUUAAUUAGAUUAUUACAUAAAACAUAUGUUACUACUCGAAAUAUUGAGAGCAUGCGUACAAUACAACGAGGUCAAAAGCAAACACAAAACAAUGCAUUUUAAUGGCCCUUUAUUAAUUACAGCAAUCAAAUGAUUCGUUUGAAAGUCGCGAUUGUUGGAGUGAGAGUGAGUAAGAAAGAGAGCGAAAAAUGUAUAAUUUUGCAUCAGCCUUAUUGCAAAUUCUGUGCCGCCUGCGAAACAUCGUUUCAGGUUUAAAAGAAACACCACUUGCGCCGUUGUGUAAAAUAAACUCGAUGGAACAGAUGCCGUAUCAUAAAACAAUAUUUGAAAAAAAAAACGUUGAAAAGAUAAUAUGAAAAAAGCUACAGAAAUGAACACUCACGAUUAAUAGAUACUUUUUAAAUGGAUAAUAAAUUUUUUAUGUUUUCGAAAAACCAGAUAAAUCCGCUCGCGUUUUAAGGUUUUAUUUAUACUUUUUGAGACUCUCUAAGCCUUAGUAUUGUGAUUGUUAAAUAGAAACGAAACGACGAGGAAAAAGAAACCACGAAAAAUGAAAUGAUAAAAGAAAAAAAACAAAAGAUUCGAGUAUCGCACAUUUAGAAAUUUUCAACUGCUGUCGUCUUGGAUCAACAGAAAACCAUUGGACACUGACAUUUUAUAUAAUUAUUUCUGCGACAUCAUUGACCCUUUUUUCAUGUCACAAUUAAACGAUACGGAUAGUUGCUGUGUAUGAAUAUAUUUUGUACAGGAAAAUACUGUAAAAUGUGAUGCGAUUGUGAUUUCUACCGGAUUCAAUAUCAUUGCGAGACGAUUUACAAUGAUCUUUCGUCACAGCCUUUAAUUAGACUUUAAUUCAAUAUUCUGUUGUUGUUGCUGUUAACUAUCCUUGCUCCUUUUCAUUCCGAUAAAAAAGUCAAUGCCUGCGUUUUCGUGGGCGUACAGAACAUGUGGCGAAAAAAAUGACGAAAUUUUCAUAUAGAAAUUGUGGUCAAACAGAAAAUUUCUUCAUUGGGCAUAGUCCAAUGGAAUUUUCUUUUUUACUCGUAUCUUGUGAAAGCUCGAGCACAGAGAACGAGAGAAAAAGAAAAAUUGAAUUAAAAAGAGAAAAUAAGUAGAUUAAUGAACGAUCAAAAAAAUGUUUUUCAGAAGAGAAUUAAUGACAGUGCACGAUCAGAAAUAAGAGCGAGGUUUAUAAUAGGGCAUUAUAGGGUUGUUUGUAGUGAUUUGACAUUACAAGAAUUUUUGCAUUGACGUAGCCAAUAUUUCUUUCCUUUUUUAUGUGACCGAUUUAAUGCUUAUUCGAUGAUGCUGAGACUCUCAUCGUUCGUUUUCAUUGAAAGUUUUGUUGUUGCUCACCAACUGAAAUUCAGUAAGAGAAGAAAAAAAAACGUGUACAGUAGAGAAAAUGGUUACGGACAUUAUUUUUGGAGGAGUUUCACAGGAACCAAAAAAGGCGUUGAUCCGGACUGCAACAUCGUCAGUCAAUUACUUAUGUUUUCAUUGAUCAUUCACUUUUUCUUUAUUAAUAAAAAUAACGAUACGGCUA